AUGCUUCCUUGUCCAGGUAACAACGAAGUCAAUGAUGGUCGAGCGUGGUAUUCACCAAAUUGGACAGAAAGAGGUGAGUUUGCAUUCUGUGAAGAAUGUUACCACCGAUUUAUCAAAAAAACGCCUUUAAGUAUUCAUAUGCGAAGUGAUGGAGAAUUUGAAGGUUGUACUUGUACUUGUGAUUUUACAUCCAGUGUAAAAAAACAAUGGUCUCUUGCUGUAAAAAAAAACGAUAUAAACAUAUUUAAUGAACAUGUUAAGCGAACAUUAAAACAAUAUCGUAUAAACGAACUAAAAGUUCUUAUAGACACCGAAACGCUACGGUACUCGACAUUGCUAGCAGAGAGACAAAUGCAUUGGAACAGUUCAUCGAUCGAAGUUAUUAGUGAGUUUGGUAGCGAAGCUCAAGAAGAAUACUACUUCAAUGGUUCGUAUUAUAAUACUAUGGGUGACGUGGAAGCAGCCAAAACGGAGAUCAAAAUGGAAAAAUCUCAAAGUAAACUUAAAAAUUAUAAUAGAGAAUUGCGUCAACUAGAAUACGAACUCUCAUGUUCGGAUUAA